AUGACUGGUGUGUGCUUCGGACCCUACACCCUCACCCCUUUUGACCACAUAUUUCCCCCCUUCGUUUACGGCAUCUGUGGGAUUUCAUUCCAACCCCAGCGGCUGGAAGACGGCGUCUCAAUUCUUCGAAACGGUAUAUCACAAUUAAUAGAUAUUCUUCCAUUCCUUGCCGGUGAGGUUGCUCCCUCCAAUGUAUCCGACAAGGCAAAUGCAAUGCAAGUUCGCCCGUCGACCAAGACAUCCAGUCUGGAUUCGGUUCUCUACAUGAAAUGCUACCCCGAGUUUCGCCUUUCUUCACCACCAGCCAACUCCACCCCCGCGGCGGACCAGGGAAAUGAGGUCGGCUGUCGCGAAGCAUUCGCAAAACUUACGCCAGAGUUCAAAUGUUCAGCCUUACCUGCCCCUGUCAGUCGCUUCCAGCUGAAUGUCCUUGCUGAUGGCAUUAUCCUCUGUGUCAUGACAAGUCAUGCGGCGUUGGAUGGUAGUGGACUUGGUGCACUUCUCAACCUCCUCGCAGUGUGCUGUCGAAAUGUCCCACGAUCAGUACAGCCUUUCCCAACCUCCAUGGGCGCCCAAGCAGAAACCAGGCUCUUUCUAGAAAACCUGGCAAGACGAUAUUCGACAUCUGGAGCUGACCUGUAUGAGAAAAAUUCCACAAUCAGCGGAGCAGGACAUGGUGACCUUGCCAAUCACGCACUGGCCAGCCAUAAUUUUGUCUUCUCCUCUGAGCGCAUCGCCGGAUUGAAAUCCCGUUGCAUUGGCCUGCUGGCAAUGUGUCAUAAGGAAAGUCUCCCAAGCCAGGGAGUGUACGUGUCAUCCUGUGAUAUCCUGAGCUCGUUGGUAUGGGUUUGCAUCAAUCAGGGAAGGCUAGCAACUAUGCAACCGAUGUUACCGGACUUCCAUUCUACCCUGGGCAUCGCUGUUGAUACUCGCCAGAGAUGUGAUCCGCGCCUUCCAACAAACUAUCUUGGGAAUUCAGUAGUCAUGAUGCACGCGAAAGUCUCAGCAUCAGAGCUGCAGUUUUUGAAUGACAGUGACAAGCGGCCCGGCGACACACUUACAAUCUCUGACGAAGAGAUACGUCUUCUCACUCAGCUUGCGCUUCGAAUCCGAUCCCAGAUCUCUCGGGUAGAUAACGACUACGCUGGGGGAGUUCUGUCUCGAGUAUUCCACUCAACUGACUGGUGUAGUUCCCGCAUCACUCCUACAGACGUCAUGAUUUCGAGUCUGCGCCAUUGGGACUCCUUCGAGCUAGACUUCGGCCAAACACUAGACCGAAUCACGACGUUAGACAUCCUGCCAGCACCAAUUCCGGGGACUUGCCUCAUACUGCCGAAGAGAUUCAAUGCGGAUGGGAGGGAAACUUGGGAUAUGACCAUUACAUUGCCCGCAGAGGAAAUCGAGGCUCUGCGUCAUAAUAGGUUGAUGAAAAGCAUCCUGGAACAGGAAUACCCACUACAACCAUGCCAACGUGUCAGUUAG